AUGUUUAUUAAAUAAUAAAAAAUCAGUGCACUUUUAUAAUAAUUGAUAUUUUUAGUAAAAAGUUAAACGAUUUUUAUGAUCAACAUGCCUGUCGAUCAAAUUCAGUAUUCCGAAAGAUACACCGAUGAUAAUUAUGAGUAUAGGCAUGUAAUUCUUCCAAUUGAUUUAGCAAAACAUGUACCUAAAACACACUUGAUGUCAGAAACUGAAUGGCGUAAUUUAGGCGUUCAGCAAAGUCCUAGGUGGGUUCAUUAUAUGAUGCAUAGUCCAGAACCACAUGUCUUGCUUUUUCGUCGGCCAAGAAUUCAGAGAGGAAAACGUGUAAUGUAAUAAACUAAUUUUUAUGUAAACAAAUGUGUCAUCGAUAUACUUAUUUUUAGAGAAUAUAUAUAUAUAUAUAUAUAUAUAUAUAUAUAUAUAUAUAUAUAUAUAAAUAAAUAUGUUGUGUCUGUAUAUAUUGUAUAGAAAUAAGUAGUUAUCUUGUAAAUCAUCGUGCAAAUAAUUAUAAUCAUGAUUUUUAUAAUAUGAAUUGAUGGUUUUUU